UCACUGAUGGAUGAUUGUUCUCCACAGAGGAGGCCGAGAUGAUUCUGCGUGAGUUUCGUCAGGAUGUGGAUAACGCCACGCUCCAGAAAGCCGAUCUGGAGAAGCGGAUCGAGCAGCUGGUGGCGGAGAUCGAGUUCCUGAAGAAACUGCAUGAUGAAGAGGUGGCUGACCUUCUGAAGCAGAUCGAGGACUCCAAGGUGACGGUGGAGCUGGACUCGGACAGACCCGAUCUGGCUGCAUACCUGAGAAACAUGCGUGCAGAGAUCGAGAGCGUCGCCGCUCGUAAUGUCCAGGAGGCCGAGAAGUGGUACAAGGGCAAGUUCGACACGCUGAAGGAGCAGGCCAACAAACAUGAAGACCAGAUGAAGAGCAAGAAGGACGAGAUCCUGACCUUCCACAACCAGGUGACAGAGCUGCAGAACCAGAUCGACGGUCUGCGGGCGCGUAACGGUGCGCUGGAGACGCAGCUGGAGGACAUGGAGGCGGCUCACCUGGAGAAGGUGUCCGCUCUGGAGGCAGUCAUUGCUCAGCUGGAGAACCAGCUCUGCGAGACCAGGAUGGAGAUGGGGAAAUACAUGGCGGACUAUCAGGAGCUGCUGCACAUCAAGCUGAAGCUGGACGCUGAGAUCGCCACCUACAGGACACUGCUGGAGGGAGAAGAGCAGCGCCUCGGCAUCGCCAUCACUGAAGUGAGCGAGAGCAGCUCUGUGUCCCGCAGUGUGGAGACUCACAGCACCACCAUCGCCUGAGGGAGAAACACACAACCGUCUGCUAGAACACAACCCGUGUCACUGAAUGAAGCUGGAUUUCACUGCACACUUGUCAACUUUAUGCUUCAUCAUGAGUCCUCAGUUUUUCUGAACUGAUGAAAUUAGAAACGCUAGUGUUUUUGACCCGCACGUCUUUCAGAGUCUUCAUUAAAUGCAUGAUGCAAAAAUUACA